CAAAAUUCAUAGAUAAUGUUGGAAGGCGUUGUAGAAGAAAGUUCAGUGGCCGAAUCCGAAUCGAGUUUUUGAUGACGGCUUAUAAUUUACCCGGUCCAAUAUAAAUAUACUCCCCCGUGAUCCUAGUUUAACUAGUGGAAAUCAAUUUUUUGGGUAAAAGUACAAGAAAGCCAUAAAACUGGUGUUCGAUAAGUCACUUGGCAAUAUGCCUGCCGUCAGGGGAGAUGGUAUGCGAGGCCUCGCAGUCUUCAUAUCGGAUAUAAGAAACUGUAAAAGUAAAGAAGCGGAGAUCAAAAGAAUCAACAAGGAGCUCGCUAACAUACGUAGCAAGUUCAAAGGUGACAAAACCCUCGAUGGAUACCAAAAGAAGAAGUACGUAUGUAAGCUCCUAUUUAUUUUUCUGCUCGGUCACGAUAUUGAUUUCGGUCAUAUGGAAGCCGUAAAUCUACUCUCCUCCAACAAAUACUCCGAGAAGCAAAUAGGAUACCUCUUCAUAUCAGUGCUGGUAAAUACAAACAGUGAUCUCAUCAAGCUCAUCAUCCAGAGUAUCAAAAAUGACCUGCAGUCUCGAAACCCCAUACACGUCAAUCUCGCUCUGCAGUGCAUCGCCAAUAUCGGGAGCAAAGAUAUGGCAGAGGCUUUCGGAACGGAGAUACCGAAAUAUCUUGUUUCCGGUGAUACCAUGGAUGUUGUCAAACAAUCAGCAGCUCUGUGUCUCCUGAGACUUUUCCGCAAAUCUCCAGAAAUCAUCCCUGGUGGAGAAUGGACAUCGAGAAUCAUACAUUUGCUGAAUGACUCCCAUAUGGGUGUAGUGACGGCAGCUACAUCACUUAUUGAUGCACUUGUGAAGAAAAACCCAGAAGAAUAUAAGGGGUGUGUCACUUUGGCCGUUGCAAGAUUGAGCCGAAUCGUUACAGCCAGCUACACAGAUCUGCAAGACUAUACAUACUAUUUUGUACCUGCCCCGUGGUUGUCUGUCAAGCUUCUACGUCUCCUCCAAAAUUACACACCCCCUUCUGAGGAACCUGGUGUCAGAGGGCGCCUAUCUGAGUGCUUGGAAACUAUUUUCAAUAAGGCUCAGGAGCCACCAAAAUCGAAGAAAGUGCAGCAUUCAAAUGCCAAAAAUGCUGUCCUGUUUGAAGCCAUAAGUCUUAUUAUUCAUAAUGACAGCGAGCCUAAUCUGUUGGUAAGGGCUUGCAACCAGCUGGGCCAGUUUUUAAGUAACAGAGAAACAAAUCUAAGAUAUCUUGCCCUUGAAUCUAUGUGCCAUCUUGCUACUUCAGAAUUCUCUCAUGAGGCAGUCAAAAAGCAUCAGGAAGUGGUUAUACUUUCUAUGAAAAUGGAGAAGGAUGUGUCAGUGAGACAGCAAGCUGUUGAUUUGUUGUAUGCAAUGUGUGAUAAAACUAACGCUGAAGAAAUUGUCCAGGAGAUGUUGGCUUACUUAGAGACGGCUGACUAUUCAAUAAGAGAAGAGAUGGUUUUGAAAGUGGCCAUCCUGGCAGAGAAGUAUGCCACUGAUUUUACUUGGUAUGUAGAUGUAAUUUUAAAUCUAAUAAGAAUUGCUGGUGAUUAUGUGUCCGAAGAGGUUUGGUAUAGAGUAAUCCAAAUAGUCAUUAACAGAGAGGAGGUCCAAGGCUAUGCGGCUAAGACUGUGUUUGAGGCUCUGCAAGCCCCCACAUGUCAUGAGAACAUGGUGAAAGUGGGCGGAUACAUACUUGGUGAGUUUGGUAACUUGAUAGCUGGCGACACCCGGUCCUCACCACAAGUGCAAUUUGAACUCCUGCAUUCAAAGUAUCAUUUAUGUUCUGCAGCAACAAGAGCACUGCUACUAUCAACCUAUAUUAAACUGGUUAAUUUAUUCCCAGAGAUUAAAAAUAGAGUGCAAGAAGUAUUCCGGGCUGAUUCUAAUUUGCGUUCAGCUGACGUGGAAUUGCAGCAGAGAGCCUCAGAAUACUUACAGCUGAGUAUAGUUGCUAGUUCAGAUGUGUUGGCCACUGUUCUAGAGGAAAUGCCUGCUUUCCCUGAGAGGGAAUCAUCUAUUUUGGCUGUUCUGAAAAAGAAGAAGCCCGGACGCAUUCCAGAUGAUGUUAGAGAGUCUAGGAGCCCCCAGCCCAAUGCCAUGCCUGCCCCUAUUACUAAUAAUAAUUCAGUGAACACAAACAGUUCCAGUGCUGAUCUUCUUGGACUUUCAACUCCCCCUGGAAACUCAACUGCGACCACUGGGAAUGGCUUAUUAGAUGUACUUGGAGAUUUAUAUACCCCUAAAAUUAGUCCAACCACUGUACAACAGAAUAAUGUCAAGAAAUUCUUGUUCAAAAAUAAUGGUGUUCUCUUUGAGAAUGAUUUAAUUCAAAUCGGUGUGAAGAGUGAAUAUAGGCAAAAUUUGGGCAGAAUCGGCUUGUUCUAUGGCAAUAAAACCCAGUCUCCCAUUCAAAAUGUUCGCCCUGAACUCCACUGGACCGAUUUACAUAAGUUGAAUGUGCAAAUGAAGCCCAUGGAACCAGUAUUGGAAGCUGGUGCUCAAAUCCAGCAGAUGUUGACAGCAGAAUGCAUAGAAGACUUCACAGACGCGCCGAGCAUGUCUGUGUCGUUCAUGUAUAAUAAUGUUCCACAAAAGAUCACUAUGAAGCUCCCACUCACAUUGAAUAAAUUCUUUGAACCCACCGAGAUGAACGGAGAAUCCUUCUUUGCAAGGUGGAAAAAUCUAGGUGGUGAACAGCAGAGGGCUCAGAAAAUCUUUAAAGCUCAAGGGGCUAUCGAUUUAGGAUCGGCGCGCAUCAAAUUAUCAGGAUUCGGCAUGCAGCUCUUAGAUGGCAUAGACCCUAACCCUGACAAUUUUGUUUGUGCUGGUAUUGUCCACACGAGACUCCAGCAAGUGGGUUGCCUAAUGAGAUUGGAACCAAACAAACAAGCUCAAAUGUUUAGACUCACUGUCAGAUCAAGUAAAGAGACAGUCUCACAGGAGAUCUGUAAUUUGCUGGCUGAUCAGUUUUAAAAUAUCAAAAGGCAUUAGACACAAUAUUUUGUAAAUUAUUUUUAUUGUUUAUGAGCACACUGAGUGUGUUUAAAUUGGCUCACAAGGCCUUUAGAUGAGUUAUAUAAUAACCAUUUUUACAAAGUUUACACUGAUCUAAAAUAUUUAUCUAAAUCUCUUGUGUAUAUUCAUAUAAUUUAUUU